UGAGGGGUGAAUCAGACGGAAGUAUCACACAGAACCAUCAACAUAGAAGUAAACAGUUGCGUUUGUUUUGUUUUUGUGUCAAUAUCUUAACAAGUAUGAAAUGAGAGAGUUUAUGAAAGCCUUCGCUUUGAUGCUGUGGCCUGUUUGUGAUGUUUUCAGCUGGAAUUUGAAUGUAUGAAGGCAGGCAUCCAUGUCCAACCAUGGAGAGGAGAAAAUAACCCCUAAGAGAAGGAAAAGAAGACGUUGCAUUGCUGAGGAAUCUUCAGUCUCGGCCUCCGACUGAAGGUCGGCACAUCCGGAGGAGAACCGGAGAGCGUCAGAGGGGUGAGAGCGUGGAACGCAAGAUGGCUUUUCUCGACAACCCCGCCAUUAUCCUGGCCCACAUCCGGCAGUCCCACGUGACAAGCGAUGACACUGGGAUGUGUGAAAUGGUCCUGAUCGAUCAUGACGUGGAUCUAGAGAAAUGUCACCCGUCUGCGGCGUCCGUCGGUGGAGGGUCAUCGGGGGGUUCUUUUGGAGAUGGCAGCGUCGGAGGAGACGGCCAGACUUGUGACCUCUCUCAGUCUGUCGACAUCACUUCCAGCUGGGACUUUGGCAUUCGACGGCGCUCUAACACAGCUCAACGACUGGAGCGUCUGAGGAAAGAACGGCAGAAUCAGAUCAAGUGUAAAAACAUCCAGUGGAAAGAAAGAAGCUCAUCUCAGUCAGCAGACGACUUAGGCUUGCUGUUUGAAAAGAAGGACUUUAAGGAUCGAUCCCGGAGUACGGGCAGUAAAUCCAUGCUUUCCCUGCGGCUUGAACAGUGUCCUCAACAGCUUAACAACCCUUUCAAUGAAUACUCCAAAUUUGAUGGCAAGGGCCAUGUCGGUACAACGGCAACCAAAAAAAUUGACGUCUACCUCUCAAUGCAGUCGACCCAAGAAAAGCUUCACCCCAUGACGGUGGUCACCAUGGCCAACGCUCGGGUUCAUGAUCUUAUCGGGCUCAUCUGCUGGCAGUACACGUCUGAAGGUCGUGAACCCAAGCUUACUGAAAAUGUCAACACUUACUGUCUGCACAUCGCUGAAGAUGAUGGCGAGGUGGACACAGAUUUCCCACCGCUGGAUUCCAAUGAGCCCAUUCAUAAGUUUGGCUUUAGCACAUUGGCUCUGGUUGAGAAGUACUCGUCUCCUGGACUGGGACCCAAACAGUCGCUCUUCGUUCGAAUAAACGCCGCUCAUGGGUUCUCUCUGAUCCCAGUGGAUAGUCUGAAAGUGAGCAUGAAGGAAAUCUUACAGAAGGCUCUUAAGAAGAGAAAGGGCUCACAGAAAGGCUCAGGUCCAAUGUAUCGUCUGGAGAAACAGACAGAACCCAAUGUGGCGGUGGAUCUGGACAGCACGCUGGAGAACCAGAACACACUUGAGUUCUGCUUAGUCCGAGAAAACAGUUCUCGAGGUGAGGAGAGCUCAGAGGAAGAUCCGCCCAUAGACAUCACUACGGUACAGGACAUGUUGAGCAGUCAUCACUACAAGUCCUUCAAGAUUUGCAUGAUCCACAAACUCCGCUUUACCACUGACGUACAGCUAGGAAUAUCUGGAGAGAAGGUGGAAAUCGAUCCCGUCACCAAUCAGAAGACCAGCACAAAGUUCUGGAUCCGACAGAAGCCGAUCUCCAUCGACUCAGACCUGCUGUGUGCCUGUGAUCUGGUGGAGGAGAAGAGUCCAAAUCAUGCAAUAUUCAAGCUCACAUAUCUAAGCAACCACGACUACAAAGCGCUUUACUUUGAAUGUGACGCUGCUACAGUCAAUGAGAUUGUGCUUAAAGUGAACUACAUCCUGGAGUCUCGUGCCAGCACUUCCAGGGCGGAUUAUUUUGCGCAGAAACAACGCAAACUAAACCGCCGCACUAGCUUCAGUUUUCAAAAAGAUAAGAAGUCGGGCCAGUAGCGCUGACAGCCGAAUCGACUCGCCGUCUCAACCAAUCAGAGAGUGAGAUGCGUCUAUGACAGACGGAUGGGUUAAAAAAAGAGUGAGAGAAAGAUAAGGGACAUGUUUGAAAGAGAAACGAUUAGACAUCAUCGUCUGGAUGAUGAGUAUCAAUCAUAUCAGAGCACUAAACCGCUCUCUGCUGUCACUGGAGAAUGUACUAGUGAACGAUUAAUGCCAUCAACCCAGAACCACACAAACAUCCGUCAGGUCCUGGAGAACUUAACGAGCUGCUGUCCGCAUCAAAGACUUCUUUCUACUGCCUACAAACCAUCUGUACAGAAUCACACACACGUAACUCUAUUAGCCAUCAAAACAUGCAUCGUACACUGAGAUGCAAAGGCAUUGCUUUCUUUUAUAAUGAAUAUGUAAAUAGUAACCACGUUCAGGGUGGAAUGAUAAAACCCCUCUUUGGCCAUAGUUCUUCAGUGCCUGCUAUUGAACUAUAUGGACUUUAUGUCGCCUUCAAAACGUUUUUACCAACAGAGGGGAAUGACAGAUUUUUAAUGAUCAAAUAUGAUAAUAAUUGUACUUUUUACUGUGAUGUGUGUGCUUUUUCCUCUGCAUCAUCAUUUCUUCAGACGAAAUUAAGCAACCAAACGCCGUGGCUUUUGGUUGGUCCUCUCGGGCUGCGAUGGGAAUGUAUUUCAGCACAUUUCUAUGUAAAUGUUAAAGCUAACAUUAUUUCAUCUGUGUGUGCAGAGAUAGGUUUGUUCUCUGGACCGAUCGGAUGGGUUUCUUUCCAUCAUUGAGAGAAACUCGCGUACUUUAACUCCACUUUAAAAGCUGCUCUUAUUCAACUGGAUUCAGGGUGCAUGUUUAUCCAAAUCUGUUCUGACUCAGGUUUCCCACUGCCAUAUUGUCUGAUCUUGGUUUAUUUUUUUGUAAUAUCUGUCAAAGGCUCAGAGCGACGCUCGGUUCGGCUCUGAUAGAUGCUCGUGUUCCCGUGAUGGGGAGAAGCGCUGAAUAGACAUUUCAAAUAAAACUUUAUUUAUAAUGUUCUGACGACGGGGGGUUUGUCAUGCGGCCUAUGGAAUCAACAAUAUUUGCUACAGUACAUGUAUACUGUAUAUAAGUAGAUUUUCUAAUUAAAGACUGAAUUACGGUA